AUGGAUGCUGUAAACGAAACAAGAAUCACUGAAUUUGUCUUUUUGGGACUCACUGAUAACUGGGCACUGGAGAUACUAUUUUUCAUGGCAUUCUCAGUUACAUACAUGCUAACCCUUUUGGGGAACAUUCUCAUUGUGGUUACCACAGUCUUUACUCCACGUCUCCACACCCCCAUGUAUUUCUUCCUGAGCAACCUAUCCUUCAUUGACAUUUGCCACUCAUCUGUCACUGUGCCCAAGAUGCUGGAGGGCUUGCUUUUAGUAAGAAAGACCAUUUCCUUUGACAACUGCAUUGCACAGCUCUUCUUCCUCCAUCUGUUUGCCUGUGCUGAGAUCUUCCUGCUGACUAUUAUGGCCUAUGAUCGUUAUGUGGCCAUCUGUGCUCCUUUACACUACACCAGUGUGAUGAACAUGAGGGUCUGUGUUCAACUUGUCUUUGCUCUCUGGUUGGGAGGUACUGCUCACUCACUGGUGCAGACCUUCUUGACCAUUCGUCUGCCUUACUGUGGCCCCAACGUUAUUGACAGCUACUUCUGUGACGUGCCUCCUGUCAUCAAGCUGGCCUGCACAGAUACAUACCUCACUGGAAUGCUGAUUGUAUCCAAUAGUGGAACCAUCUCCCUCACCUGUUUCCUGGCUCUGGUCGCCUCCUACAUGGUCAUCCUGGUUUCUCUUAGAAAACAGUCAGUGGAAGGUCGCCAGAAAGCCCUGUCCACCUGCUCAGCCCACUUCAUGGUGGUUGCUCUCUUCUUUGGGCCAUGUAUCUUCAUCUACACCCGGCCAGACACCAGCUUCUCCAUUGACAAGGUGGUAUCUGUCUUCUACACCAUCGUUACCCCUUUGCUGAAUCCCCUCAUUUACACCUUCAGGAAUGAGGAGGUAAAAAGUGCCAUGAAGCAUCUCAGAGAGAAACAAGUAUUUUUCAUGAAAUCAUGUACAUAA